AUGACAGAUAAUCAAGGUAGCUAUAUCACUACCACGAAACUUGAAGAGGUUCGCCUUCUUGCCGUCGCAGGGGAUCGCAGUGCUGCCGUUUAUGCAGCGCAUCGGCGUAUGGAGGACAACCUGGCAAAGUUGCCCGCCGUAUUAGCGGACACGGCGAGGUACCACCCUACAUCUGUGGACCCUUGGGUUGCCGUGUUUGCCGCCGUCGAUUCCCUCUGCAGGGAUGUGGAGUUGUGCCUGCAGCUGUUCACCAUCGGUGCGCAGGUGGAGCGGUCUAAGGGGUUGCCAACUGUAGCUGUUCUCUACGAGCAACAAAAAAAACCCGCGGCCCGCCUGCAAUCGUUCGCCGCCACAGUUCAGAGUGCCUUCACAUGCAAGGGUGUUACCAUUCCCGUACCGGCAUCUCUCAUGCUGAGGUUUGCGGAGGCGAUUCGUCCCUUUGAUAGCAGCCAGGCCACCAAGUGGUUGCAGUGCAGUUUUGAAGAAAUGUUCAAUAGAGAGACAACUGGCGAGGGUGCCGGUAACAAUUACGUAGCAUCUGGGCCGACCGCGGUAGCAGCUACACCAGCGCAUGCAACACAGGAGCCUAAAGGCGUGGUGGUUGCAAUGCUUACUUUGUUGAUAAAAUGGCGCGCGGAAGACGGGGAAGACGUGUUAUGGGCUCAGCGAAAGCGCAAGGAACUGUCACAGCUCGUGGAGGAAAAUGUUCUUGAAUCUUUAAUUCGGUUUGAAGUUGAGAGCGUGGCGGCAGUGGCUAGGAGGAAACAGCGUGUCCAGAAAAAAGGUGAAAGGCAAGCCACGAAAAGGCAGGUCAAACCCACCCCUGCAACAGAGGCUCUCCCAGGGUCCGCUGUAGAAGCCACUGUUCCUGCACAGGGGGUAUCAACCUUGGGGCGUCUGAGGCGGUAUGUAAAUGACCUGCUCGCCACAAACUGGAGUCAGAACCCAUCUCGUGCAGCCUGUGUGAUUAUUGCGAUUAUUCUUCUUUGCAUUCUUGCUCGUAAAGCCCUGUGUACGGUAUCUUUGUUUGGGGGUUUUGCCGGAGGCACUCCCCGGGGCGGAAGGAAGCUGAUCGAUCUCUGA